AUGGCGUUGCUGCGCAAGUUCUUUUUUCGGAAGUCGCCCGAUGGGCUUCUUGAGAUCUCUGAGCUAGUCUACGUGGAAGCAUUUGCAAAAGUUAAAGAGUUCUUCAGUUAUGCGGACUGUUUAGAUCCCAAGGCCGAUGCAUCACUAAAUGUGCUCCAACACAUGAGUGCAUCAAAUAUUGUCCACGAACUGUUGGAAAGUGGUUGUCAUGAGAGUGUGGUAACUAGUGGUCUUUUGCAGGAGACAAUUCCUAGAAAGCUUUGGAAGAAAAAGAAGCCCAGAGUCUUGGAAAGUAAGGCUAAGAGCUCCUUGUCUUUGUCCCCAGAGAUUCAGUCCAUGUCCAUGUCCUCACCUAAGCAAUCUCCUGGUACUUAUCUGAGUAGAAAGGUAGCUGAGGCUCCUGACGUUCAGAUUCUACCUCAACUACCCAGAAAAUCUGACAUCAGUUGCCAAGGGAUGCCUCAAUCUUCUCAGUCAACAAUAGUCUCCUGUAAAUCUGUGGAAGAUGCAUCUGUAGCCCAAACGUCUGGCAUAGAACGUCAGCUGCAUUAUCACACCUUAUCUGAAAGUGCAGAAACCACCCAUCCGCCUACUAUUUCUCCAGUCAUCACAGAUCUAACCUUGUCUGUUUCACACAUCUGA